CCGCAGCAGUACGAGGGGUGCGUUUGAUUACUGCACAACUAAAUGGCGGAUGAGGACAAGGCGCUGCAGCUCGAACAAUAACACCUCACUUUCCCAGCGAAGCGCUUCUUAAUCGUCUCAGUCUGCCGAUGCAAAUCCCGCAUGCAUAGCGUGCAGUCGUUUAUAUGUGGCUAUAGAUACACUGAUUUAGUUUCGGCACGAUUGAUCGCGGAUUGUAGCGGAGCUCCGGAGGAAGUCGGUCUCUUGAUGGUGGUUGUAAUAUGGGGGACUCGCUCGGUCUGAUCGGGAAGCGGCUGCUGCUGCUGCUCAGUGACGGGAGCUCGGCGGCGGGAGGAGGAGGUGGAGGAGGAGGAGGAGCGGUGGAGCAGGCGGCCUGGCUCCGCGGAACCGUGCGGGCGGUCAGUGUGAUCGGGCUGGCGAGCCCGGGGAUGGAGGUGUUUGUAGAGUUUGACGACAGCCCUUGGCGGCAGCGCUCAUGGGUGCAGGUGUACGGGGACGAGGUGCGAGCCGUUCUCAUGGAGAGUGCCAUCGUCUGGGCCAACUGCAGCGACCCAUCGCUGUCCGCUCAGUGGCCAGCCUUGAUGUUCAAACCGCUGGUUGACCGCGUGGGUUUGGGAUCCCUGGUUCCUGUGGAGUUCUUUGGCGCGAGAACUUUGGCAUUUCUCCCUAAUGGAAGUUCACUGCACACUUUUGAGACUGAAAAAGAUUUUGGACACUCUUUGCUACAAGAGCAGCCGGCGCUUAAAGCUGCCAUCAGCAGCUGGCACAGUGACUCUGAGUUGCAGGAGAUCCUGCGGAAAGGAUCUUACACUAUUCAGGGUCGGAGAGUGCAGGUGUACCAGCCAGAGUUUGGGGAGCCCUGGGCCCUGGGACUCGUAUCUCAGCAUGAUCCAGUUUCACACAUUAUGGAGAUUACCAUGGACCAGGUCCGUGUGAAAGGUGAAGAGACACAAGUCGUCGAUCCUCGGGUUAUUCAUGUGAUGCUUGCUGUGAAGCAGUUAGAGAAGAGCCCAGAUCGGCGUAAGAAGGAGGGUGAUGGUGGGAAAGGUGAGGGCAGUCGGCGGCGUAGGACAGCAUCUGAAGGAGAUGAAGACAUUACUCUGAAACGUUUCAAAGGAGCCGGAGAGGGCGCCUCUGACGGCCAGAAUGCCAAUGGCUCCAACAAGGACACUGAGGCUAUGGUAACAUGCGUAGAGAUGCCGGGAGAGGGAGUAGUGGAGGGAAGAGACGGAGGGGGUGGCGUAGGUGGGAGGGUGACCAGCACCUGUAGUCCAGUAGCUUUGCCAAGUCAAGACUCCUCUAACAACAGCAAUUCCUCUCAGCAGGAGCACUCCCACAUAAGGAGCACAGGUUUUGUCAAGGAGAAUGGCAGUUUUGUCCCAAACCAAGAAAGGAUAUCAUCUUCAGUAUCAGUGGUGCUUCCUGCGUCCACUCCAACACCACCUCCAUUGAAGCCUGCCCCAUCGCCCUUUUCUAACACUUUUCCUUCUUUGGGUCAAAUGCCCAGCUUGGUUCCCGGGGCCCCUGCCCCGAAAUCAUCUUCCACACUCCCAGCAGCCGAGAGGGAGGAGGGAGGUGUCCUUUCAGGGUAUCCUAAAACAGCUGCCCUGGUGUCUCUAGGUCCUGUGACCAUUUCAUCACCUUCCCAAGACAACGCUUCAAGUGUGGCUCUUUCUGCUCCUGUAGAAGCAAACCUAAAGCCCAGUAAAUGGGGAUCAGCUCCAGAAGUAAGCAAGACCCCCAAGACCCCUGCUCUAGCUGCUGCAGGAUUUGAUAAACAGUUGAGUGAGGCAGUGUUUGGGGAUGUUCCCACACAGGCCAAUGGUUCUUCCCAGGAGGACAAGCCUUUUGGAGCUGCGAAGGAGUCACAGAGGCAGGACUCUGAUCCCUCACAGAACCUGUUCUUCCAAAUCAUGUCCCAGAACCAGAGUAUCACGCAAGGCAAGUCAAAGGCCUUCAAGUCCUUGUCCGAGUGCCUGAACAAGGAGCCGCCCAGCCUGUUCAAGCCUGCCGCUCCCUCCGAGGGUUUCAAAAAGGCAGUUGUAGCUUCUGCAUCCGCUGGACUGUUUGGUUCAGCACCUGCUAGUGGCCUGGCACCAAUGAAAGAGCCGCCAAAAGUGCCUGAUAUCAAGACUGCAGGCAAUGGGAUCCUAAUGAACAAGCCUUUUGGAGCGGUGGGGGAGGCGCACAGCAAACUUCCAGCCGCUUUUCCCUCAGCCACAGGUCAAGCUGCGAGCUCUGCAGAGGCUCUGAAUCCCUCUUUGGGAUUAGGAACCAGCGGACUUGGAAGUGCCAGAAAUGUGAACAGCUCGAGCCCAGUCAGCAGUUUUGGUCUGCUGGCUGGCAACAAGGUUUCGGAAACUCACGAGAACCUUUUCCUACAGGCCACGAAGGAAACAAAUCCAUUUCUUGCUUACGGCGGAGCUGUUUCGCACAGCCCUUUUAGUGCAUUGUCAACUCCCAAGUCGUCAUCUGCGCUGUCCGCGUCUGCUGUCUCACCUUCAGGCAGCUCUGGUCUACUUGGUCAAGAUCCUCCUGGUGGUGAUGCCAAACCAAAUCUGUUCACCAUGGCAGAACCUCCUAAGGGAAUCUUAGCCCCCCAAUUCCCUGCUCCUGCUCUCACGACCACUCCAUCGUUCACUUCGGCUGCCCAGGAUAGACAACAAAUGUCCAAACCAGACAAAGAGGGUUCAGAUGGCAGCCCGGGAACUCGCCUCGACACCGAAGGCCAAGAUGUGGCUAUGCCUUUCGACCAAACCAAGUUUUCUUUGGAGGAACGCAGUCAGUCCAUCAAAAGAGAUUCAGAGUCCAGUAGCAACAGUGACCUCUCUGAUUUGAGCGAGGGGGAGGACAACUCCGGCCAGAGCCAGAAACCUGGGGUUUCCUCAGCCAUUGAGGAUAAGAAUAAGACCCACCCUGUGGCUAAGAGCCGGCCACGGAGCAAACCCAUCAAAGUGGGACAGUCUGUGUUGAAGGACCAGAAUAAGGUUCGGCGCUUGAAGCAGUCCGGAGAGUCCUUUCUGCAAGACGGCUCCUGCAUUAACGUGGCGCCACACCUGCACAAAUGCCGUGAGUGUCGUCUGGAGCGCUACAGGAAAUCCCGCGAGGAUGAGGACGAUGAUGAUGACCCAAACGUGGCCUGCCGAUUCUUCCACUUUCGCAGGCUGGCUUUCACUAAGAAGGGAGUCCUUCGCGUGGAAGGCUUUCUGAGCCCGCAGCAGAGUGACAGCAUGGCAAUGGGGCUGUGGCUCCCCUCCCUCACAGCACAGGAAGGACUUGACCUGGACACGUCCAAAUAUAUUUUAGCAAACGUGGGUGACCAGUUUUGCCAACUGGUCAUGUCAGAGAAAGAGGCCAUGAUGAUGAUAGAGCCCCAUCAAAAAGUGGCAUGGAAGCGCGCUGUGAGGGGAGUGAGAGAAAUGUGCGACGUGUGUGAGACAACGCUGUUCAACAUCCACUGGGUGUGUCGCAAAUGCGGCUUCGGCGUUUGUCUCGACUGCUACCGGCUACGCAAGAACAGGCCACCUGAAGACGAGAGUCCUGAAGAAGACGUGUUUUCAUGGCUGAAGUGUGCUAAAGGCCAGCCACACGAACCACAGAACCUCAUGCCCACUCAAAUUAUACCUGGCACAGCCUUGUACAGCAUAGGUGACAUGGUACAUGCAGCCAGAGGUAAAUGGGGGAUCAAAGCGAACUGCCCCUGCACUAGUCGACAUAACAAACCCUUGGUGCGGCCCAGUGCUCCAAACGGCCUUUCACAGUCGGGUGCGGCUAACAGUGUGGGGAAUGGAGCCACUUCCACUUCAGCCACAACCCGUCCGAAUGGGGAACCUGCAGCGGGUGCAGUAGUCAAAACAGAGCCUGUUGAAGAGGCGGGCAGUGCUGACACAACGUCAGGCACCAGUGGGACAAACAGCAGCACUUCUAUCCCUGCUCCCGUCCUCACACCAGCUGCAAAAGAUGGCAAGGGCAGUUCCUCAGCCCUUCACUGGCUGGCUGACCUGGCCACACAAAAGGAGCCCAAAGAGUCUCUGCGCUCCGUGAUGGGUCGUGACUCUCGUACUCCAUUUGGUCUGGACUCCUUCGGCACCCUUUCCAAACACUCCGGGUCUAGUCCCAAGCUCUUCAAUAGUCUGCUGCUGGGUGCUGGCCCUUCCCAACCCAAAGCAGAGGGCACUAGUCUCCGAGAUCUGCUGAACUCUGGCCCCGGAAAGCUCCCGCAAGGUCCCGCCGAGGGAGGUGUUCCCUUCCCUUCAGUGUUCUCCACUGCUGGUGCAGAUAAAAUGAAGGGAGGACUUCCUAACUUCUUGGAUCAUAUCAUUGCAUCAGUGGUGGAGACGAAGAUGGCAGAGGGUCGACGUUCGUCAGGGUCAGCAGAAGGCGGCGAGUCAGGGGCUGUUCCUCGCAGAGAGGGCUUGAUGGGUCUCAGUGUAUUAGACCCCCACACUUCCCACUCCUGGCUGUGCGAUGGCCGUUUGCUCUGCCUGCAGGACCCCAGCAACAGCAACAACUGGAAGAUCUUCAGAGAGUGCUGGAAACAAGGACAGCCUGUGUUGGUCUCGGGCAUACACAAGAAGCUGAAGGAAAAGUUAUGGAAGCCAGAGUCCUUCAGCCUGGAGUUUGGAGACCAGGAUGUGGACCUGGUCAACUGUAGGAACUGCGCCAUCAUCUCUGAUGUUAAAGUCCGAGACUUCUGGGAUGGCUUCCAGGUUAUUUCCAAGCGUUUGCAGGGUGGAGAUGGCCAACCUAUGGUACUAAAACUUAAAGACUGGCCUCCUGGAGAAGAUUUCAGAGACAUGAUGCCCACUCGGUUUGAUGAUCUCAUGGAGAACCUUCCUCUGCCAGAGUACACAAAGAGAGAUGGCCGGCUCAACUUGGCCUCUCGUCUUCCAAACUUCUUCGUUCGGCCAGAUCUGGGUCCUAAAAUGUACAAUGCUUAUGGUCUGAUCUCCACAGAAGACAGGAAGGUUGGCACCACUAACCUGCAUCUGGAUGUAUCCGAUGCAGUCAACGUAAUGGUGUAUGUGGGCAUCCCAGAAGGAGACGGUGACCAUGAAAACAAAGCAGACCGCGCUGGAUUCAAAGAGGUGAUGAAGACCAUUGAAGAGGGAGAUGUGGAUGACGUGACUAAGAGAAGAGUCUAUGAGGCAAAGGAGAAACCUGGAGCUCUCUGGCACAUCUAUGCCGCCAAAGACGCGGAGAAGAUCCGCGAGCUCCUGCGAAAGGUUGGAGAGGAACAAGGUCAGGAGAACCCACCAGACCAUGAUCCAAUCCACGACCAGAGCUGGUACCUGGAUCAGACGCUGCGUCGCAGGCUAUACGAGGAGUACGGAGUCCAGGGCUGGUCCAUUGUGCAGUUUUUGGGAGAUGCUGUGUUCAUCCCAGCUGGAGCGCCACAUCAGGUGCACAACCUGUACAGCUGUAUCAAGGUCGCAGAGGACUUUGUUUCUCCCGAGCAUGUGAAGCACUGUUUUAGACUGACGCAGGAGUUCCGCCACCUUUCCACCACUCACACUAACCACGAGGACAAGCUACAGGUGAAGAACAUCAUCUACCAUGCCGUGAAGGAUGCUGUGGGAACAUUAAAAGCCCAUGAGCCUAAGCUAGGCCGCUCUUAGUUGUUGACCUGAUGGUGGAGAAGUCACCGAGAGAUUGGGUCUCGGGGUGGGUGAGAUUUGGAUGAGGCCAGUGUGCUUGCAAAACAAGCUGUUUAUAAUGGAACAUCUCAGCGUUUUGGUAGGAUGAAGAUGCCGCUUCAUCAGUGUUACAAGAGCAUUGUUUAGUUUUACAAUCCUUUUCUCUGUAUUUAAAAAGUCUGUUCUUUUUCUCAGCGUUUAAAAUGUGUUGGACUGUUCAGAGAGCUAGUGAUAUAAGCUGACAUGAAUCUUUUAAGGCCUACAACAAGGUUUCUUUAUGACUUCUGUGAAAAACAUGAGCACUGGGUUUCCUUCUUAGAGCGCAUUCAUUUUGUGCUCUUCAAUGAAGAAGAGCUUUUAGUUAAGAUGGGGGUCAACAGUAAUUAAAUCGAUUAAAAGAUUCCCGCCAACUUUUUCAGGAGAGGUGGAUAAGAGCAUGGAAGGGAACUAGACCAAAGUUUUUUAUUUUUAGUUUUAAGUUCCUGUUUAUUUUUUUUUUUUUGUCUUUUUGAUGAAAACAUGUUCUUUGCUUUUUUUUGUAAUAUGCCAUUUAGGUAAUAUUUCACUGACAGCAAGUGUUAGACUGGCUUUGAGGAACGUCAUUCAAGAAUCAACAAUUCCAGUUCUGCAGAACUACUGGUCGUUAAUAUGUACCAAUAUAUAUAUUGAUCUUAGCAGUGCGAAUGAUUGUUUUUUUUUUCCCAAAAUAAAGGUUUUCAAGAAAUGAUUUGGCCCUGUUGUUUGGAAAUUACACAAUGAAUUUCUUAGCUAUCUAUUUGUUUAAUGCUUACUAUUUUAUUUUAUAAGACAUUUUGUGGUUCAUGGAUGACAUUGCAAUAAACUAA